AUGAAGUUCUUUUAUAAACAUUGCUUCAACUUUCAUGACUGCGCCAAAAACAAGCUUCUUCAGAAAGCCCUCAUCUUUAUGGAUCAACCCGGCGUCAACGACUACAAGCAUACCUUCUUAAAUGGAAAACCUAUGUCAGAGGCAUCCCAUCUCGUGCCUGAAGUGGUGGAGACCAUUAAGAAUUCAGUUGAAAGACUCAUCAAAGAAGCUGAAGCUACAACUAUUAUGGUUUCUGGAAUUGUACCCAUGGGCUGUUUUCCUGGUUAUCGGACUCUGUUUCCAGAGGGCGAUGCCAUUGGCAAAAACAGAUGCCACAGGGGACUGAAUAUGUUCUCAAUGUUUCACAAUGAUCAUCUCUGGCAAGCAAUUCUGGAGCUGCGUGUAAAAUACCCUGAUGUUCACAUCAUAUAUGCAGAUUACUACAAAGCAUUCAUGGCUGUUCUUAAAAACCGCGCGUUUCUGGGAUUCAAGACAGAGAAUUUGAUGAAGGUAUGUUGGGGCAGUGGAGCUGCUGCUACGUGUUCUGAUAGGGCUUCUUAUAUACAUUGGGAUGGAUUUCAACUGACCCCAGAGGCUUUAGAGAACUUGAUUGAUACGCUGUUCAGCGAAAAAGGAUUCAUAUUUCCAGAAUUCAAGUUUGGAGAAGAAACAACAGCAGCAGUGACAAGGCGGAAUUAGAAACAUGUCUUCUAUUUUGUUAGGCAUUUACUCUUCGUCUAAGACGGUUGUUUAUAUUCAGUUAUGUCUAUGGUUUUUUUCACUAA